ACUCUAUAAUUUUGCCUGUGUUAAUGGUAGUGACACAAAACUUUCUAAGGUUUUGGGUUUUUUAUCCAAUUUGAAAAUUCCAACCUUAGAUUUAAUAACAGGGCUAUGAUACACUGUGUAGAAAAGAAAGUUCCUCUGGGUUCCCUCAGGACAUUUUUUGUACCAUUGACUGCCAUUAUAACAUACACUUUUGAUCCUAUCUAAUUUUUGCAUAAAACAAUGUUGUACGUAUGACAACCUUUUCAAUCGAAGCUUUUGACUUGAGAAAAAAUAAAUAAUCAAUUAUCUAUCAUUUGAUGUCAUUUUCCACUGUAUGGCUGAGGGCUCCAUUCCAUACUGUUUCAUUGAGAUCUUUUUCUGCUGCAUUUCCGACUACUGCUUGGCAAUAAAACACAUAAUUACAACUAAAAUGGUCUGGGUGUGUUGGUAUUGAUGUAAAAGUGUGGUAUGAAUGUGUGUAUUGAGAAUAUUAUUUGUGUGUGUGUGUGUGUGUGUGUGUGUGUGUGUGUGUGUGUGCAGAGAAGAAGACGAAGUGUGUGCACAGGGAAAAAGAGUCUUUUUUUUUUUGCUCACCACAUUUUGCACAUUCCCAUCUCUCUCCCUCUCUUUCUUAUGCCCACAGACCCUCACGGCCCCAGCACACACACGCGCACACACGCACACACACACACACGCACACAGAGAGCCCCAUACAAAAAUACAAAAACAAAAAACAGAACAAAAGAGCGAUCAAUCGAAAUCAAAAGGCUUCAAUCGAAAUCAAAAGGUUAAAGGUCAAAGAAGCACUCAACUACCAAAGCAAAGUCUUUUUUCAUUUUGGUUUUCAGUGCAGCAUGUUUACACAGGUGCUGUUGCUGCAAACCUAUAGAUGCAUGUAGCUUGCUUGGCUGCUCAUUUCUUCAGCAGAAAUGAAGAGACGCAUGUCACUAAAAGAGGCUCUAAGCACUGUCUUGCAGUCCUCUGAGGGCGAGGAGGACACAUCCAGCAUUACCAAUUCAGGGAAUGAGUACUCAUCAGAGGAGACUUUGCCUGCAUUUGAAGAUGGGUCGAGCUCAAGGGAGGAUGAGGAGGAGAUGGAGGACAAGGGCGCUGGUUGGAAUUCAAAAAAUGGCAAGCUGAUCUGGGCUCUAACCCAUAAAGACACUCUGAGGUACGUUAACCCAAAAUUCUGUCCUCAGGGCCCACACAUUACGCUAGGGCAAGGAUUUCCAGCCCAAAAACAUAAUUUGAGCUAUUCAUCACUGAAGAAGUGAUUCAGCUCAUCCUAAAGAAUACAAAUCUGGAGGGGAGACGUACAACAGAAGAUUGGAUGGAUGUAAGCAAGGUGGAGCUAUGGACUUUCAUCGGCUUGCUGAUCCUGGCUGGGCUGUACAGGUCCCGGAAUGAGGCGACACAGAGCCUCUGGGCUGAGAACACAGGAAGACCAAUUUUUCGUGCCACAAUGUCCAGAAAGAGGUUCAUGCAGAUAAGCACAGUCCUCAGGUUUGAUGACCGCCUGUCAAGACCAGCACGUCAAAGGAGGGACAAGCUGGCUGCCAUCAGAGAAUUGUGGGAUAUAUGGAGCACCCGCCUCCCUCUCCUCUUCACUCCAGGAAGGGAUGUAUGUGUUGACGAACAGCUGGUCCCUUUUAAGGGCCGCUGUUCCUUCAAACAGUACAUUCCAAGCAAACCAGCAAAAUAUGGUCUGAAAGUCUGGGUGCUAUGCGAUGUGGAGACCUCAUAUGCCUGGAAAAUGCAGGUAUACACUGGGAGGUCUCCAGGGGCAAUGAGAGAGGUGAACCAGGGGAUGCGGGUCGCCCUUGAGAUGACAGAGGGAUUUGAGGGUCGCACUGUGACAGUGGACAACUUUUUCACUUCUUUUCCACUGGCAGAGGAGCUACACAAGAGGAAGAUGACCGUGGUGGGCACCCUGAGGAAAAAUAAACCGGAGCUCCCCCCACAGCUUCUUCAGACCAGGCUGAGACCAGUGCUGUCCUCCGUGUUUGCAUUCAGUCGCACCCAGACAGUUGUGUCAUACAUUCCAAAGAAGGGAAAGAAUGUGCUCCUGCUCAGCACAAAACAUAGAGAUCCAGCAGUGGAGGAGGGGCCAAAGAGGAAACCGAAGAUCAUAGUGGACUACAAUCACUGCAAAUGUGCAGUCGACAACCUGGAUAAGGUUGUCGGCACAUACAGUUGCAGUCGGCGAUCCUCCAGGUGGCCGCAGACACUCUUCUGCAAUAUCUUGAAUGUCUCAGCUUUUAAUGCUUACAUCCUCUAUACAGAUGUGAAUCCCAGCUGGAAUGAGAGGAAACUUUUCAGACGGCGUCUGUCCACCUGACCAGUAUCUGCAGCUCCUGCUUCACUGGCUCAAUUCCCUCAGUGACACAAAUGCAAAUUGUUAAAUUGUUUAAAUUGUUCGUCUUCA